ACUGUCAAAAGGUGGAGUGGGUGACGCGCGUGACCACACACAUUACUGUAAUACUGUACACGGCCGCCGAGAUAAUAUCCGUAUUAAAAAAGGGAAAAAAAAAAAAAAAAAGCGAAAUAAUCCCGAGGUGAGGAGCCGAGGAGCCGAGGCGGACCCGGGCGGGAUGUUGUGGCGUCUCCGCUGAUUUUUGUGUCUCCCUUCGCUUCGUCCGCGGUGACUCGGACCAGCCGCCAGCUCGUUCGCCGUCGACAUUACCGCACUUCACAUGUCUUCGUGCCUCCUUUAGAUUCCAGCCAGCGCAAGGAUUUUUUUUUCUUUUUUCUUCCUCUCUCCCCCCACUACUACUCCUCCUUCGUAAUAAAGUCGCCAUUUUGCUUCACUGCCUGUAUAAACCGUCCCGUAUUCUAAUAUUUUUUUAUUCCCCCCCCACCCCGAAGGAGUCGCGGGGCUGUUUCCAGCUGAUUUCUGGCCAUUAGCGUUUGAGGAGACAGACUGAGGAAGGGUGACGAAGAGGAGGAGGAAGGAGAAGAAGAAGAAGUACCUCGUGGGUUUUUUUUGUUUUUUUUUGCGUGUUAAUGCGGGAGAGGAGCAGAGGGGGCGAGCCGACUGGAAACUGGGAAUAAGGUGAAAACUCUCCGGGAUUUUUCUGUUCAUGCGUGGACGACAUUUCUCUUUUUCCUUCCUUCAUCCUCCACCUCGUCGAGUGGGCAGGAGCGGGAGGAGGUGGGGGGGGGACAGGGCGACGGUGACGGCUGUCCACUUCCUCUCUGUCCCCCCUCCGCCACCGGCAGCCCCGGUGUGACCGCUCCUUGACGCACAGCAGGUGGGAUUGAGAUGUAACGCAACACCGGUGGAGGAGAAGACAGACGAACGCCCACUCAGGUGCCCGUCUCCUGACCCCCAACCUCCCGCCCUCACGUGGGAGGUGACCCGGGGCCACCGGGCCCCACGGAGCCGGGGGACUGUCCGACAGUUCAGGCAUGGAGAGCCCAAGUGCCGCCAGGCUUGGGAAGCUGUCCUCAUCAGGGCUGCCAAAGGGCCGGACUCCCAAGCACGGACAUCCCCAGGAGCCUGUCAGAACUACGCCAGUCCCUGAAAACAACAACAGACACAGUCCAAUGUGUGAUGAGCCAGCAGAAGGGAAGAGGAAAGGUCGUCCCAAAGCAGAAGUGCAGGAACUCAGAAGCAUCCCUGCCCAUAUGAUAGUGCAAUGGAAGGAAGAGUUUAAGCGCCGCUCCAGGGUUAAGUGUCCGUGUUCAGGCUGCUGGUUAGAGUUUCCCAGCAUCUAUGGCGUCAAGUACCACUAUCAACGUUGCCAGGGGGCCACUGUAGCCGAGAAGCUGAGUCAUGGCUGCCCCUACUGUGAGGCAGUGUUCGCCUCAAAGGUCCGCCUGCAGAAGCACAAGCUGUGGAACCACCCUGACAGGGUUACUAUGGAGCCCAAGGAUGAGCAGCAUAAACUUCAAAAGGCUCCUGUCAAGUCUAACACCAAGAAAAGGCCCAUGGAGAACAGCCCGCCCUCUCCUGUGUUCUUCAAAGUGAAAAAGACCCACGAGGUGUCCGCGCCCUCUCAGAACGGGGAGCUGGCCCACCAGAGGAGUGAGAGGAAACAGCACAGCCACGGCCAGCCUUCACAGCAGAUUCACCAGUCCCAGCCAGUCUUUCCUCAGUCCCAGGAGUCGCAGUCCCAGAGCACAUCAUCUGAUGCAGGGGGCAGUGAGAGUGAUGGGGGAAGUCUUCCCCCUUCUUACCUAGAUGAGGACCCAGAGCGAAUGAAGCACAAGCCAGGACGGAAGCAGAAAACUCCCAAGAAAUUCACUGGAGAGCAGCCUUCUAUAUCUGGAACAUUUGGAUUGAAAGGUAUGACUAAGGUGGAGGAAAAGCUAAAAGCAGGUCGUGCAAAGAGACCAGAGGGGAGUGGGUUCAGUGAGGAGCCGCAGAAAAGACCCACUUCAAGUCAGUCCUCCAAGAAAGACCCGGCAACAACAAGCUCUGGUGCUGUUCCUGACACCCAGUGGCAGCGAGCAAUCUCAGAGCGAGGUGAAGUGGUCUGUCCCACCUGCUCCAUCGUCACCAGGAAAACAAUCCACGGCCUCAAGAAACACAUGGAGAUUUGCCAGAAGCUCCAGGACGCCCUGAAGUGCCAACAGUGCCAGAAACAGUUCAGAUCCAAGGCCGGCCUCAACUACCACACCAUGGCUGAACACAGCACCAAGCCCUCAAGGAGCGAAGGCCAGACGGGCGACGAGCAUGAGGAGAGAGAAAGGCUGCGCCGAGUUCUCAAACAGAUGGGACGAAUCAAGUGUCCUAGUGAGGGCUGCUCAGCCCACUUUUCCAGUCUGAUGGGCUACCAGUACCACCAGAAGCGUUGUGGAGGAGAGUUGUCUGAUGAUGAGAAGCCUGUGUUUCUGUGCCAGCACUGUGGAAAGACCUACCGCUCCAAGGCUGGCAGAGACUACCAUGUGCGUACUGAACACCCCCCGACCAUCACCACCAUGACAGCCACCACUAACAACUACAACAAGGACAAUAUAACUGACACCAACAACAACACCGGCAAAGAGAGGAGGGGCGUCCCACCGCUCCACCAGGUGGUCCCUGAGGAGACUCCAUCAGGAGGCAAGAAGCAGCAGAGCCAGUCUGAGAAGACGGACUGGCAGGAGAAGGCACCUUCCGCCUGCCACCCUAAGGAGAAGCAAAGGGACGCCAGGCAGAAGGACAGGGAAAAAGAAAAGGGGAGGGAGCGGGACAAUGAAAGAGCAGUGGAGGACUUUGAACGGACCCCCAGUGGCAGAGUGAGGCGCCGGUCUGCUCAGGUGGCAGUGUUCCACCUGCAGGAGAUAGCAGAGGAUGAGCUGGCCAAAGACUGGGGCACUAAGCGGCGCAUCAAGGACGACCUGGUACCUGACAGCAAGAGGUUAAACUACACGCGGCCUGGUCUCCCCAAUUUCAGCCCAGAGCUACUAGAGACCUGGAAGAACCAAGUCAAGGAGAAGGGCUUCAUCUGCUGUACCAAUGAAAACUGUGAAGCUGUGUAUUCCAGUGUGUCGGGACUUAAAGCUCACCUUGCCAACUGCAGCCAGGGUGGAGGAGAACUGGGGAAGUACAUGUGUCUGAUCUGUCAGAAGGAGUUUAGUUCAGAGAGCGGUGUGAAGUACCACAUCAGCAAGACACACUCACAGAACUGGUUUCGUACUGCAGCCACUGAAGUGGUCUCCAGUAGCAAGAGUAAAGCACCGGAGGAUAACGGGAUCAAACCUGAGGUGAGGAACUGUGCCACCACUGGUAAGAAGAGGGGCCGCAAGCCCAAAGAGCGCCCCUCUGUGAUCGCACCUCUUGAAACAAACACUGAAGCACCUGCCGCCACUCAAAAUUCAACCCUUGCCGUGACUCCUACCUUGGGCCCAACACAAUCUCCGACCUUGAUCCCCGACCCAACGGACAAUGCUAAUUCAGGCCAAAACAGACAGCCCGUCCCCUCGGCCACCAGGCGAAGCAAACCCAAGAGGCUGUCGUUAUCAGAGUAGCUCUGCUUUCGUCGACCCAGGAGACAGAGAGGAAGCUCACUGUAAAUGUUAUGGCAAGGACUUGGCACUGAGAAGAAAGUUAAAACAGCCAUUAAGAAGUAAAACACAAUCCCCAGAGUUUUAUGUGUCUAUUGUUAAAAACAAUACUCAUGUAACAGUAGUGUUUUAUUUCUCCAUUCCACUUUUAUCUCGUUUUCAAGGCACACAUUUCAGUAUCUGUACUCACAGCAGGGGGGCGACAGUCGUAAUGAAAGAUUAAAUCCUGGGUAGAUUUUCUAAACAGAGGUAGUACUCCAAACAAAUGGAGAGUAAAUCUCUACAAGAGAUUCAUUAAUGUUUGAGAGGUUUUUAAAAAAGAUAUUCUAUUAGCAUGGUGAAGUCAUUUAAUGAUAGCUACUGUUUUCACAUUUUUUCACAGAUAUACUGUACUGUGUACAUAAAUAAUAUCUAUAUCUAUAUAUCUAUAUACUCAAAGCAAUGAUGCCAUCUAUUAUUUUUCGAGCCUGACACGUCCAAUUGGAUCAUGAGCAGUCAGGAGUUUUUGCAGUGUGUGCUGUAGUGCAAUGUCGUUUUGAACUUGAUUCUUUAAUUUCUUCCUGGUUUUACUUUGUUCAUUUUUUUUUACUUUUGAUGUCUCAAGUAAGCAAUUGUCAUAUAAGCUAAAAUGUUGGUCAGUUGUAAAUCCUGUUCUACUCCAUUUUAUCCUACAGUUACGUGAGUGUCACAUCAGGGACACUGAUUUUAUUUCAUCUGGAUCACAUGGCAGUGAAAGGAAUCUGCUUUGACAACCAUAAUUAUCGUGUCUUACGCGCUUCUUUUACACUGAGGUUAAUAAGCAGAAAGUGAUUGUUUGAGAUUUACAUCUGUAAGCUAUGAGUUAGUUACAUUAAUACUUAAUAUGGCUUUGUUUAAUUGAUUUUAAACAAGAAAAACUUGAAGUUUUCUGUCUAAAAUAGGACUGGCAAUGUUAGACAGAAGGAUGAAUUUUGUGUGAAGCUUGUUGCACCAUUGCAGCACAAUCAAAUGAUGUGACACCAUGUUAAAGAAAGCCAUGUUUUGGCUCCUGCUUUAGCUUGAAUCUCAGAACAGAGGAGAGAAUUAAAAAUACUAUCUUUUAUAGAGUUUGAGGAAAAAAAUCUUUUAUUAAAACGAAAAAAAUGCAAAUCAAGAUUAAUACUUAUAAAACGGUUUAUGAAUUAAUUCCUGGGUGCUCAAAGUUAUUGCCUUGCACUUUAACCCUUCUCACUCCCCUCUUGUAUUUUUGCACUCCAGGAGAAAUUCAGCUUGGCCUCGCGGCCGUCAGGUACAGGAGCGGGAAUAUUUUACUCUGAUGAAAAAUUAAACUAGAGAUAAUCUAAAUUUGUUAUUGAGCAGCGUGGUUAGCUCUUUCUAUUCAUUAUGUGUGAUCCAACAUGACCGUAUUAUUAUGACUCACCACGCAAAGCCAUAACUGGUCAUGUUUAAGACCGCUCUCGCAUUUAUUGUUGGUUUAUCUUGAGAUUCAAGAGAAGUAAUCCGAUAUUAUUACAUCUGUUCAAAUCUAAAAAUGUGUGCAAUCAGAGAAUAUUUUCACUUAAAUGUGUUUAAAGUACUUGAACCAAAAGUUCUAUUAAGAAAUUGAGCAAAUGAAAACUCCAUAAAUAUUUGAUUUAUAUUUCCGGUGUAUGGCCAUGAAAAAAUGACUUGCUUACUUAAAAUAAGUCCGAUGAUAAAUCUAUUUUAUAUUCUCUUGUGUGUAUUACGUAGGUAGCAAUCUGAUAGCUUUGGGGAAAGUUGUGAUGUGAGGAUAUUCUGGUGAGAUAAUAAGGGUGCUUUACUUGCCAUUCUACCUUAAGGACCUGAUACAACUCAAUUCAAGUCCAUUGAUCCAUCCUCUAAAUUUUGCACCAACAAAUGUCAAUGUCGUCAUUGAAAUCAAGCACUGAUGUCAGCAGAACAUUUUCACGUAACAUCGGAUUUUGAAUUUCUCGGUACGUGUCCCGGGUGGUGUCACCCCUGCGCCGUGACCUUUUACAUUGCUAAGCAAAGAUUCGAGCUGAAUUCCUCCAUUAUUAAUCAACUGAUGGAGUUUAUUCGGAUGGGGAUGAAUAUGCAUGUGUCUGUCUCUGGGAGUGGGAUGGACGUUUAACUUCUAUCCAGGUUCAACGGACGGGAAGACGCAAGACAAGCACUGAUUGGUCCUAUGACCUUUUCAAUAGGAGUCGUCCAGAGUGUGUGUGUGUGUGCGUGCGUGUGUGUGUGCGUGCGUGUGUGUGUGUUUGUGGUAAACAGUUAGCACCUUUGUAAUGACUGGAUGUCAGAAAUGGUAACACUUUGCGUCAAGUGUUACGCCGUGGCACAGAAUCAGUUCAUCAGCUGCUUGUUACUCAUUUCAUUAAUAACGUCACAUUGACUGUGUUUACCUGACAAGCUUUGGUGUUGCAAUAUGAUAGUUUAGCACUGCUUUUAACAGUGGGUAUUUUAUAUUUUAUCACACCCUUUACUAUCUGUCUUCCUACGAUGUGGAAAACAUAUCUAUCCCGCAGUGUGAGCUGACUGCAACAUGUUUUAGAGAGUACAGCAAUACACCAUAAUUAGCUGUUUUUGUUGGCUUGCUGAUAUUUUGAUAUUGAUGUGUCUUUUCAGAAAUGUAUGGCUUUUUUUUUCACUCCCCUACUUUUGUUUGUUUGCUUUGAAAAAUGCUUUUUACAUAUUAUGAAGUCUAAAAAAGAAAAGGUUGAAAAAAUUUGUAGACCACAAGGAACAUUGUAGGCCUAUGUGUCGGCAUACACUGUUAUUUUAUUCAUUUUGAUGAUGCACAUAAAAUGAGCUUUUUCAGUACACAACGACAAACACAUUGAGAGAGAGUCCUUUAUUAUUAUCUAUUCAAUAUGGGACAACAAGGCAUAUGUAUGUGUGUUUGUUUCUGUAUUUAGUGCACUUACUAUACCAUGAAAUAGGCUUGAAAUAGGAGUGUUGUUGGAGCUUUCUAGUUACCUGGACUGUGUGUGGUGUGACUUUUGUACCUGGGGAAACAGCAGGCUCGAGCGUCUUCCCUUUGUCAGCAAUGUUAUCUCCAAACCCAAGCUUAAUCCUCACAAAUCCCCUUCGACAGCCUGAGAAUUUUACCCUUUAUUUGGCCAACAGUGGUUCAUUUUAUAUGCUACCUACACUUCAAAAGCAGGAAAUGGUUUCCGCCUUUGUUGUUGGGGCCAUUGUGAUGAAACUGUUGAGAGUUUUACGAGAUGAUGUUGUAGCUCCUAACUGGUUAUAAUAUAUAAGUAACAGGUGAAAUUAGACUAAUGAUGUAUUAAAGAUUUCCAUAUCUGAAAUUAAGCUGUAUAGUAUCUAACGUGGGAGGCGUCAGUGCCUCCUUUGAGUCUGAACUGUUACAAUUUUUCUCCAAAACUUGUUGUAUUACCUGUGCAUUAGUAUCCCUCAACUAAUUAAUAAAAGUUUGUUGACUAAA